GGCUGAGUGUUGUGCAGAAUUUUUUUUGCAAAAAAUUUUAACGCUGAUUUGCGAAAAAAAUAAUUUAUUUAAUUUAUCUUUAACACACGCUAAGGAAAAUUUAUUCAAAAUUCUAUAAAUAAUUCCAACAAACGACAUGCCUCAAAUGCCAUUACCUCCUUUGGCUCAGAAUGCUAUCGAACCGAUGCAGGUUGAUGCCCCCAUGGAGGAUAACGACAACAACGAGGAACAUCAAUUGGUGGUGGAGAAUCCCACUUUAGAUUUGGAGGUCUAUGCCAAUUCAUAUGUGGGCUUGGCCCGUUUGUACCGGCUGAUAUUUGUGGCUGAUGUAUGUCCCUCAUUGCGUUUGGAAGCCUUAAAAAUGGCUAUCAAUUAUGUCAUGACCACCUACAAUGUGACCAUGUAUCAGGUGCUGCAUAAAAAACUAAAUGAUGUGUAUGUCAGCAGUACUGGCGGUGCAGCAGCUGGUGGUGGUGGCAAUGGCGCAGCAGGUGGAGGUGCUGCCGGUGGUUUACCUGAUAUAGCUGCUCAACCGGCUUUGGCUGGUCAAGCUCAAGACUUGCCGGUAUUCGAUCAGAAUUGGGUGGAAACUAAGAGCAAAAAAGCUGCUCUUAAACUAGAAAAACUUGACUCAGACCUCAAGAACUUUAAAUCGAGUUCUAUUAAAGAGAGCAUACGCCGUGGUCAUGAUGAUUUGGGCGAUCAUUAUCUCAGCUGUGGUGAUUUAUCCAAUGCUCUUAAAUGUUAUUCCCGUGCUAGAGAUUAUUGCACCAGUGGCAAGGAUGUGGUCAACAUGUGUUUGAAUGUCAUUAAGGUAUCUUUGUAUUUGCAAAAUUGGUCGCAUGUACUGAGUUAUGUCUCCAAGGCAGAAAGUACACCAGACUUUAAUGAAUGCUCUAAGGAUGCAAAUCAGGCUGUUCUCACACGUCUAAAAUGUGCGGCUGGCUUGGCCGAAUUGCAAACCAAAAAAUAUAAAUCCGCCGCCAAACAUUUCUUGUUGGCCAACUUUGAUCAUUGUGAUUUUCCCGAAAUGAUUUCUCCGAACAAUGUUGCCAUGUAUGGCGGACUCUGCGCUUUGGCCACCUUUGAUCGCCAGGAACUGCAAAAGAAUGUUAUCUCUUCUAGCUCAUUUAAGCUCUUCCUCGAACUAGAGCCUCAGCUUAGAGAUAUUGUUUUCAAAUUUUACGAAUCCAAAUAUGCUUCAUGCCUUAAGUUGCUCGACGAAAUACGCGAUAACUUACUGUUGGACAUGUACAUAGCACCGCAUGUCAACACUUUGUAUACAAAAAUUAGGAAUCGUGCUUUGAUACAAUAUUUUAGUCCUUAUCUAUCGGCCGAUAUGCGUAAAAUGGCAACAGCCUUUAACCGCACUGUCGAGGCUUUGGAGAACGAAGUGAUGCAAUUGAUUUUAGAGGGACAAAUUCAAGCUCGCAUUGACUCGCACAAUAAAAUAUUGUACGCCAAGGAGACUGAUCAACGCAGUAGUACUUUUGAACGGGCUAUUUCAAUGGGUAAGAAAUAUCAAAGACGUUCUCGCAUGUUGGUUUUAAGAGCAGCCAUACUCAAGAGUAAUAUCCAUGUAAAGAGCAUACCCCGUGAACAUACUGAUUUGUGUGUUGCUGCUGGUUCAACUACUCCUACAACUGCUAGAAUUUAAAGUUAAUUAUAUACAUAUGUUUGUCGUUCGCUCCUACUCACAUGAUCCUGAGGAUAUUGUUUGAAGAAAAUUUUCAUUCUACAUAUUUGAAUAACAUGUUUUUAUUUCUAUUGUGAAUUCUAAUUCUUUUGCGAUUUAAAAAAUUUCCUCCAUUUUUCAAAAAAA